AUGCGGAAGCUGCGCGAGCCGAGGGGCGGCGGGGAGAAGGUGGGCGUGCUGGCCUUCGAGGUGGCCGCGCUCAUGUCGCGGGCCGCCGGCCUGUGGCGCGCGCUCGGGGACGCCGACCUCGCGCGCCUCCGCGCCGAGGCCAUCCGCCUCGAGGGCGUGCGCCGCUUCGUCGCUGACGACGACGCCGCGCUCCUGGCCCUCGCGCUAGCCGAGAAGGCCGCCGCGUGCCGCGACCUCUCCCGCGCCGUGGCGCGGCUCUCGGCGCGCUGCGCCGACCCGCUCCUCCGCCGGUUCGACGCCCUAUUCGCGGCCCUCGUCAAGGGCGGCGGACGCGCCUCCGACCCGCACGGGCUGCGGUACGCCACCGAGAAGAAGAUGGACCGGAAGGCGCGCAAGAUGCAGCGCCUGGUGCCCGCCACGGCGCACCUGCGCCACGAGCUCGACGUGCUCGCGGAGCUCGAGCAGGCCCUGCGCCGCGACAGCCGCGGCGGGCACCGCGCGGCGAACGGCGGAGGGGAAACCGCGCGCCGCGUGGCGCGGCAGAGGCAGGAGGUUGAGCGCCUCCGGGGGGCCUCCCUCUGGAACCGCAGCUUCGACUACGCCGUCCGGCUGCUCGCCAGGUCGCUCUUCACCAUCGUGACGAGGAUCACAGAGGUGUUCGACCUGGAGCCAACGAACAUCUCAAUCUCCUCCUCCAUGGAUGACGACUCCAACUCCAAGGUCUCGCGGCUUUCAUGGAGCAGCUCGUUCGUGAGCAGCAGCAUGCAGUCCAUGGUGUACCCUUCCGACGUCGUGGCCGCGGACACUCCUCAGAGGAUGCUGCGUGCAAGAUCCAGCAAGACUACCAGCGGCAACGCUCGUCGGUUUCUCAUGUCCAGGAGCAAAAGCUUGAGGCAGCAGCUCAAGUGGCCGGUGGCUGGCAGGCACCUCGUCGGCUGCGUGGUCAUGGGGAGCAAUUCUCCGAUCAGAAACGGGUGGAUACAUGGCGACGCUGACCUUCCACUGAGCUUCAGCUACAUAUCCGCAGCCAGCAACGACGAUUAUUCCAUCAGCAUCAACUUCCAGCCCCAAACGGAUCAUCACACGAACGCGAGGCCUUCGACGUCCCUGUUCGAGUCCACGCACGACGUUCUGACCAACGCGCCGGCGACGUCCCUCGGCGGCGCCGCCCUGGCGCUGCACUACGCGAACCUCACCAUGCUCAUCGAGAAGCUCGCCGUCUCGCCUCACCACAUCUGCUCCAACGAGAGGGACGACCUGUACGGCAUGCUGACGGACAGGAUCCGGGCGUCUCUCAAAGUGCGCCUCAAGCCGUUCGCCGCCAUGAACACGCCCUGCGACCCCGUCCUGGCCGCCGAGUGGUCCGACACCGUGCAGAGGAUUCUGGGGUGGCUGGCGCCGCUCGCCCACAACAUGAUCCGGUGGCAGGCCGAGAGGAACUUCGAGCAGCGGAACGUCGCGUCGAGCGACGGCGUCCUGCUUCUGCAGACGCUCCAUUUCGCAGAUCUGAGGAAGACUGAAGCUGCGGUGACCGAGCUGCUCGUUGGUCUGAAUUACCUCUGGAGAUUUGGGAGGGAGCUCGAAGCAAAGGCCAAAAUGGAGUCAGCGGGUUAG